UCUCAGGUUUGAGUCGGUUUUGAUUCACUCUCUCUGUCCUCCUCCUGCCGAACGGGGCUCCUGUUCAGGACAACUUUGUACAUUAUUUCCACCUUUAUCUCCCCACAUUUAACCAGCCAUGGCCGACACUGCUGUAGACACGACCACUGCCCCAGAGAUUACCGCAAAGGACCUUAAGGAAAAGAAAGAGGCCGUGGAGGAGGUUGAGGAGGCCCCAAAGGAGAACGGUAGUGGGGACGCACCUGCCAAUGGCAAUGGAACAACGACUAAUGGUGAUUCUCAUGAAGAAACCAGCAAAGAGGACAAGGAAGCUGAGGAGGCUCCAGAGGGGGAGGGUGAAGAGAAGGCUGCUGAAGAGGAAGCAGAUGGGCAGGCAGUGAAACGUCCAGCAGAGGAGGAGGAGUCGGUUGAAACAAAGAAACAGAAGACAGAGGAGAAUGGCGAGUCCACAGAAGCUGAAGUGAAAGCCUAAAGCCUUUGCUAUCCUCCUCGGUAGCUCUGUCUGUGUGGUCAAACUGACCUAGUAGAGUUUGUGCUUCUGUGUAUAUUCUACAGACGUUGUGUUGCACCCCCUCAAACCCACCACAAGAUAUUCUAUUGCACUGAAGCCUAUAACAUCAUGCCCCUUUCCCUUUUUUGUAAAAUGUUAUUUAUUGGUGUAGGAGUAACAUUUUUAGGACCCUUUUAUAAAAAAAAUAACCGUAAGUUUGCAAGCACAUAUUCUACUGUGGUUUUUGACCAGCAGAUGCACACUCACAAGCCGCUGUACCCUUUCUCUUCAUGUUCCGACAUUUACAUGGGUGAUAACUCUGAUUCACUUAAGACCAAAGAUAAAGUUUUAAGCAGGGGCUAAUGGACAGCGUUUAAUCCCGACCGUUUGUGCUGCUAGUAGUUAAUCCCUUGCUCUGCUGAUCUGUUAACACAACAGAUGGCAUACAUAAAUGAAAGGGUCUCGUUACUGCGCCUAGUUGAAAAGAAAAAGAUGGCUCGUCCUUUUUUCACUGGCUUAUGUCAUGUUAAUUAACCCCUCUUAAACCUUAGCGUUUUUGGUCUUUCGUUCCAUAUGCAUUCCAGAAGGAUUGUACCUUUUUCAUAUCUUUAUGUACAGUUUCGGUUUUUUGUUUGAUCGGUUUGUUUUGUAUGGGGGAGUGCAGAAUCGAAACAGCCUAUAUCAGAACAACAUGCUGGCACUGGUGUUCUCAGUCCUCUAAGCGAUUCUUUUUUUAUGAUGUGUUUUGGUUGCUUUUGACCACUGCUUUGUAUAUUCUGGUUCAGGAGUAUAAAUAAAAUCAAUCUUGUCUUUUUA